AUGUACAUCCCCGAGACGGGGCAGACGGUCUACGUCGUCGCCAAACCGUUCCCCAAGCUGCCGACGUACAAAUCACAGCAGCAGUCCGGCCGCGCGCCGUCGUUCCCCCGACCGCCGCACAGCCCGGUCAACAGCCCCUUGCGCAACGACUUCCAGCAACUGCAGUUCGAGUCCCCGCCGCCGCUGCCCCAACGCCCGGGCAACCUCUCCCCCGCGACGUCGUCGAUCAAGAGGAAACUGGUACCCGGCAUACCGCGCAACAUAGCGGUGGGCGACCGUGAGCGGCUCCUCCGACCGAACAUGCGCCCGCCGCCAGAGGACUACGAACCGUCGGAGGAGGAAAUCGAGAGGAUGAGGAGGGGGGACGCGCAGCCGCAGCUGAUCCUGCCGGGGGACGUAGACAUCAAGUUUGCGACGAGCGUCACGGGCAUGACGCCGGCGGACGCGAGUGCGCGAGAGGGCAAGUAUCGUGUGAACAUGACGCAGAUGCCGAUGAUCCUGACGGGGAGUCGUCGAGUAACGGCGGAGGCAGGCCACGAUCGAUGUGAUCUGGCAGCAGUAUACUCUGUAUUUAAAACCUACAUGCAUAUUUGA